AUGAGGUUUCAUCAGCUGGUAAGUAACGGCAAUGGUCAGGUCUUCGUGGCGAAUGCUGGCAUUGUGAUCCCGAAUAGUCUCGUCGAGACAACAACGGCGCAGUUCACUCAAGUUCUCAAUGUAAAUGUUGUGGGUGUGUUUAUUUGUUAUCGUGAAGCAGCCAAGCAAAUGAUCAAGCAGGGUAAAGGAGGCAAGAUCAUCGGAGCUUCUUCUCUUGCAGGAUAUCGACCGUCGCCCGGCGCCAUUUCCUACCCAACCAGCAAGUGGGCUGUACGUGGGUUGACUCAAUCCACCGCAAUGGAACUGGCCCCUCAUGAUAUAAAUCUGAUGUGUAUGACAGCAUACUGCCCGGGUCCGGUUGAUACUCCGAUGUGGGAAGUCCUGGACGAGGCUAUCGGGAAAAAGCAGGGCCUUGCCAAAGGUGAGGCUUUUGAUAAAUCCGUUGAGACUCGAUCGGCUUUCAAGCGAGCAUCGACACCUGAAGAUGUUGCGGCACUGGUUAGUUUCCUCGCUGGACCAGGGUCGAGAAAUAUCACAGGCCAGAGUCUUCUGGUGGACGGAGGCAUUGCUUUUUAA